AGAUGGAAAUUGUUAACGUUUUAGAUAAAGAAAGUGUUUCAAUUCGUCAUUUGACAAAGAGGUUUAAUGUUGGGAAUACGCAAGCAGCUGAAAAAGCCAAAAAUAAGGAAGAUAUCAUAGGUAAAUGGCAAUCUGGAACUAAUAGAUAUCAAAAGAAGGAUUUUUUAAAAACGGAAAGUUUUGCUAAAGACAAAAGAUGUUUUAAGUGGUUUGUGAAAGCUAGAAAUCAGAACAUUCCAAUCUCAGGGUCCUUAGUGAAAAUGAAAGCUAAGGAAAUUGCGACUACUUUGGGCUACAAUAAUUUCAGUGCGUCCGACGGGUGGCUUCAAAAGUGGCGCAAGAGACAUAGUGUUAGUUUUAAAUGCAUAUCUGGUGAAGCUGCUGCAGUAAAUCAAGGUGAUGUGUCACAGUUUUUGGAAAAACUUCCGUCCAUGUUGCUUGGCUAUAAACCAGAAGAUGCAGGUGAAAGUGGACUUUUUUUUCGUGCAUAG